UUAAAUCAACGUAAAAAUAUUAUAAAGUAUCGUCACGAGUCAUUUCUCUUUAUUUCCUAUUGUAUCGACUGUUAUCCUACCAUACCGACUGUCGAAAAUUAUCGACGACAGAUCCGAAUUAAAGUUCUAUAAAUGAAAGAAAUACUACACCGAUGAUAUAUCGAUGGAACAUUUCCAAGAUGACAUUUGUAUUGAACUAAGGAGUUUAGACAAAAUUUCGUAACAAACUGUUAAAAAUAUCCCUUAUGAAUAUCAGUAAAAUAUCAAAGUACUUAAAAGUUACUUUCAAAAAUAUCAUCUUCCAAAAUUAUCGUCAUUAUCGAAUGAAAACAAGGAAGGAGAAGGAACGUAAAAGACGAGAAAGAGAAGAGGAAGAGAAGACUCGGGCGGAGUCGAGGUUGAGACCACCUCCAUGUGGUUGGAAUCAGCUACAUGGUGACCAAUGCCAAUACAACGUUCACGACCAUGCUCCCGUUUGGUUUGCCUUCGAGUCGAGAUGGUCUGGGACCAGUGCUGGUUUCUUAUCGAGGGGCCUCACGAAGAAAGGCGGAGCCAUCGUCUUUCCUUUUCUCCUUUCAAGACCCACGUCUAUCCAUCCUUGUCUUUCUCUUUCUCUUUCUUGCCUUUUCCUUCAGGUUCUCGCUUGCUAGACUCCUCGAGACUUCGUUCAGCCUUUUGGCCAGUCCGAGUCGAGAGUCCGAAGCAAACAGGUCCUCCUCGUUGUCCUCUUCGGUCAUUAUCGGUCAUUUUCGGUUCUAGUUAAAAAUUCGUUCGUCUACGCGAAGAACGAAUGUGUCUUCGUCGCGUUUCGGAUCUUUGGAGGAGAAGAAAAGAAUUAAAAAAAAACGUAAUAAUAACAAAAUAAAAGAAGAAGAAGAAGAAGAAGAAGAAGAAGAAGAAGAAGAAGAAGAAGAGAAGGAGGAGGAAACGUAAAUCGAGCAAAAAGAGAUCGAGUUGUUGUCUUUCUUCUUUUAUUCUUCGAUCCAAAUCGUUCUCCGUCAUCGAUAAGUGAUCGUUCAAAGUUAUUUCUUUAAGAACAAUUCAAAAGGGUGGAAAUAUAUUACCUUUGUUGUUUUCCUUUGUUAUUACUUUUAUUCUCCGAACAGUAAUUCUACCAAGGAAGAAGUGCACGGUGAACGUGGGAAAAUUAUUCCGGGUCCAAAGAUACGGCCCAGAUGGCGGUCAGAACGCUCAGUCAACAUCGAAUGCCGCCGUAUUUUACUGGAUACGCGUUUCAAGGACAAGGUCGCGUUAAUCAGUUAGGCGGGGUCUUUAUAAAUGGCCGUCCACUACCAAAUCAUAUCAGAUUAAAAAUUGUCGAGAUGGCGGCGUCCGGUGUAAGACCGUGUGUGAUAUCGAGACAGCUAAGAGUCUCUCAUGGUUGCGUGUCGAAGAUUCUUAAUCGAUAUCAGGAAACCGGAUCGAUCAGACCAGGUGUGAUCGGUGGAAGCAAGCCACGAGUUGCCACUCCGGAAGUCGAGAGCAGGAUCGAAGAUCUUAAAAGACAAAAUCCAAAUCUUCUCAGCUGGGAAAUCAAGGAGAGACUAAUAAAGCAGGAUGGCGUUUGCGAUAAGGCAUCAGCGCCAUCAGUUUCCAGUAUCACCAGGUUACUCCGUGGUCCACCAAAUAAAAUUCGUCGCGUUGACGAUCUCGGAACGAACCAUUCGAUCAACGGGAUUCUCGGUGGAAGCGAUGGUGGGGACGAUUCCGAGACGGAAAGCGAGCCUGGCAUAGCUCUAAAGAGAAAGCAACGUCGUAGUAGGACUACCUUCACGGGAGAACAAUUGGAACAAUUGGAAGCAGUAUUCAUUCGAACUCAAUAUCCAGACGUUUAUACAAGAGAGGAGUUGGCUCAGAAAACGAAGCUAACGGAGGCUCGCGUUCAGGUGUGGUUUAGUAACAGACGAGCGAGACUAAGGAAACAGAUGAACAGUCAGCAAGCGAACGCGUUCAACACGAUGAGUUUACAAUCGUUUCAGAGUCAACACUAUGGUAGCGCGGCGGAGAGUUAUCAGAGUUACGGGCAAGCAAGCGUUGCUGCGGCGGCAGCGACAACGGCUGCUUAUCCUCAGCACUACAACUACGGGGAAAACUAUUACGCUCAGCAGCAAUGGUCCAGAGCGACGGCCGAGAACUACGGAAUAUUCAACGCCUCUCACUAUGGUAGCAGCAAUCUGAAUUUGAGUAGUCUUGGUGGUAGCGUCAGUCCAACGGCCUCGAAUAUGAGUGCUUGCAUGGUACAGAGUGCGAGUUCUGCGGUGCCAGCAAGCACUGGUGUUGCUCAUCAUCAUGUUGCACCUCACAGUCCUGGCGAAGCCAAAAGCGGUUAUCCAUAUUUGGGUGGAAUCGACUCACAAGUUUGCGGAAGAGUACACGGCCCAGAUUUCGUCUUGUCGACUGGCAGGUCGAACGACUUCAAUGUCCCAGUCUCCCAGGCUCGAAGUAGCUUAAACGGUUACACGAAUGAGCCACUUGAUCAAAGCCAGCUUGCUUUUCUCAGCCGAAUUGGAAGCAACGUUGAAAAGCGAUAAAAUAUUUUUUUUUUAAAUAAGUGUGUCCAUCCUGUGCUUUAAAUAAAACGAUCUUCGAUAAAAUCGAAUGGACAUAAUAAUAAUGAGGAAUCUUCGAAAUCGCUGUAUAAAUGUGUAACUAUACGUAAACGUAAAAGAUUCGUACUUUAUAAAUACCUACGUGUAUUUGUGUAUAACGUGUUGCCAGUGCAAAUGAUUAAUGAAUUCGUCGAUACAUUUUAAGUAGACAAACAAAUUCGAUUUAUCGCUUAAAUGUUUGAUUAUUUUUCGUGAACGACGAGGAGAUGUGCCUUGUUAACUUCUUGCCUUAAUGAUCGCCUUAAAUUAAUAUCGUAAGUAAUUUUUUAUUAAUAUCGCUAAUCUAUUUAUAAAGCGUUAAGAGAUUAAUAUCAUAGGCGUUAUUUAAUGAACGAGAUUAAAUACGGCAAUAAUAUUAAACUUGAUACUAAAGAGAUCGCUAUCGUUAUUAUUUACUUGAUGAUUAUUCUAAAUGAUUUAUUUAAUUGAAUGUUAUAUAUAUGUGUAUAUAUAUAUAUAUAUACAUACACACGCACACACACAAUUAUUGUACAUAAAGGAGAUUUUACACAAUUCACAUAAGAAUAUUUUCAAUCGGUAGCUAUAGCUAUGCUGUAAAAAGCGACGUUAUGGAAUAAACAAAGCUUACA